AACGUGGCCCUGGCGGCCCGAGAGGCGGCUUCCGGCGGGCCGGAAGUGCGGACUGCGUCGGGGACUGGCGGCGAUGGAGGAGGCCGAGGCGCACAACUGCAGCGCGGAGGCGCCCUCGGCGGGGCCGGCCGGAGCCCGGCCACCCAGCACCCCGGAGGGCAUGGCCCUGGCCUACGGCAGCCUGGUGCUCAUGGCCCUCCUGCCCAUCUUCUUCGGGGCGCUGCGCUCCGUCUCCUGCGCCAAGGGGAAGAAUGCCUCGGACAUGCCGGAGACCAUCACCAGUCGAGAUGCCGCCCGCUUUCCUAUCGUUGCCAGCUGCACUCUCCUGGGCCUCUAUCUCUUCUUCAAAAUAUUCUCUCAAGAAUACAUCAACCUGCUACUCUCCAUGUACUUCUUUGUCCUUGGUAUCUUGGCCCUUUCUCACACCAUCAGCCCCAUGAUGAAUAGGUUCUUCCCUGCUAACUUCCCCAGCAAACAGUACCAGCUGCUCUUCACGCAGGGCUCAGGAGAAACCCGGGAAGAGAUCGUGAACUACGAAUUCGACACCAAGGACCUGGUGUGUCUGGCCAUGAGCAGCGUCGUGGGCGUCUGGUACCUGCUGAGGAAGCACUGGAUCGCCAACAACCUCUUUGGCCUGGCCUUCUCUCUCAAUGGGGUGGAGCUGCUGCACCUGAACAACGUCAGCACGGGCUGCAUUCUGCUCGGCGGCCUCUUCAUCUACGAUGUCUUCUGGGUCUUCGGCACAAACGUGAUGGUGACGGUUGCCAAGUCAUUCGAGGCGCCCAUAAAACUGGUUUUUCCCCAAGAUCUGUUGGAGAAGGGCUUGGAGGCCGAUAACUUUGCCAUGCUGGGCCUAGGAGACAUAGUAAUUCCAGGAAUCUUCAUUGCCUUGCUCCUGCGGUUUGAUAUCAGCCUGAAGAAGAACACGCACACAUAUUUCUACACCAGCUUUGUGGCUUACAUUUUCGGGUUGGGGCUCACCAUCUUCAUCAUGCACGUCUUCAAGCACGCCCAGCCGGCUCUCCUGUACCUGGUCCCCGCCUGCAUCGGCUUUCCGCUCCUGGUGGCUCUGGCAAAGGGAGAAGUGGCAGAGAUGUUCAGCUACGAGGAGCACGCCACCCCCAAGGAGAUGCCAGAGGAUGCCAAAGAAGGGAAGACGGAGCUGGAGAAAAAGGAAAAGUGACCUGAAGGCGGCUCAGCCGGGCUGGGCUUUUGUCUGCUCCCCCCCCCUCCCCCCGCCUUUCUCCCCAUCGCAAGUGAUUUUUUUUCCCCCCAAGGCGAAAACAGAAUGUGUUAACGGCUGUGUGUAUUUGUACCCGUACGUCUGCCCGAAGAGCUUCAAAGCGGGGCGGGGGCACGUGGGAGUGGCAUCGUUGCCCGUGGACCUGCCUGCGCAAUGCUCUUCAACCCCCUCCCUCCCACAAAGGGAGAGAGGGAGCAGGAGCCAAGUGCGUCUCCCCCCCCCCCCCCCCCGAAAAUGCCUUUGACACCCAAUCCCUUAUCUUAUUUGUCUCGGUGCGAUAAAAUUGGGAGGGAGGGAAGGACGGGGGAGGGGGGGGACAUGGUUUUUAAAUUUUGUAUUGUGGAUUUGCUUCUUCUCGUAUUAAAAAAGAAAUCUUGAAGGACUCGCUCUCA